AUGGAAUCUCUGGUGGUGGCGGAUGGGGGGGCAUCAACGUCGAGCCUCCUCGGCCUCGGUGUCGGCCUUGCCGGCGGCGGCCCGGGCUACAUAUCCCACGGCCGCCGGCGGAUCGGGUCGGGAACAUCGCUGAGCAGCUUCGGGUGGAGGAAGCGGAAGGGCUGCGCCCCCUUGAGAUGCCUGAAGGAUCAUAAUUCCGCUGCUGGUCACAGCGAGCCUGGGGUCUCCUGCUCUGCCGUUGCUCGUGAGGCUCCCUCUGCGCCUUCCUCCUCCGUCUACCAGGGAGGGGACGCGAACCCUCCCCGACUGCGGCUCCAGCAGAUCGCUGACGAGUUCCACUCCCUGCCGGAGCCGAUCGACCGCGUCAAGCGGCUGCUCGAUUACGCUGCUCGUCUCUCGCCGCUCCCUGAUGCUGAUCGCACGCCGGCGAACCGCGUCAUGGGAUGCACCGCGCAGGUGUGGCUCGCGGCCUCCAUGGACGACAGCGGUCGGAUGCGUUUCGCGGCGGACAGCGACUCGGAGAUUACGCGGGGUUUCUGCUCCUGUCUGAUCUCGGUCCUCGACGGGGCGGCGCCGGAUGAGGUGAUGAAGAUGCGAACGGAGGACCUGUCAGAGUUGAACGUGGUCGGAAGGGCGGCGGGCGGGAAGACUAUGUCGAGGGUGAACACGUGGCACAACGUUCUUCUGAGCAUGCAAAAGCGGACCAAGGCGAUUGUUGCAAAAAGGAACGGAGAGCAGCCAGUGGAUCCUUUUCCGUCGAUGGUGAUCAGCGUGGACGGAAUCCAGCCAAAGGGUAGUUACGCCGAAGCUCAGGUGAGCUUCGCACCCUUUGCCUUGUCGAAUGGUGAUGCUUAAGUUGGGCUGUGGGAGUGUGCAUCUUUCUAGCUGUACUAUUUGCUGAUAGUUCUCCAUUCCUGUACCUCUCUCUCCCUCUCCGUGUCUUUCUUUUUGUCUGUCUGUCGGUCUCUGUCUCUGUUUCUGUCUCUCUCUUCUCCCCCACCCCUCGCGCACAGUCUGCGUGUAUAUGUGCUGCAGACGUUAUUGCAUUAGGAAAGCGCGAGUGCACUGCGUGUAGUUUAAAUCAUUCCACGGAUCGAACGUGCUUGUACUUUCUGUUUGGAAAAAGGGGUGAUGAAGGAUUUUUUCCCCAGCCGUUGGGGAAAGGGGUCGAGUGAGGAUGUGAUGAUCUUAAUAUUCUCAGUGUUAAAUGAUGCGGAAGCUUGAAAAUCAGCUUUUGGGAGGGAUUGUCAACAAAAUGUUCUGGAUUUUAAGGCAUACAACGUGAUUCAUGGAUUGCUUUAGAGAGAUCAAUCUUCUCAUACGGAUGAAUGAAUCGUGAAACAUGCUGAUCUAUGCAGAAAGUGGUCGGCAUUUCAGAUUUCUUUCAGUGCACAUACUCCGGUUUUGUAGAGGCUUUCGUUGCAGCCUUAGGCGUUACUAUUUUUAUCUAUGAAUCAAUUUCCUUAAUCUUUUAAUUACCCUGUGAUGAAUGUUUUUAUGUGUGUGAAAAUGAAAGAUGUGUGGACGUUCUGAUCUAAGGCACGGGCUCUGUUUUAGUAGUGUCAUUCUAGCUCUUGAAAAAUAUGCAUAGAUAGUCUUUUUUCCGCAUAUAUCACUUCUUGAACUUCAUGAACUUUUAAGCAAUUUCCCAAUAUUAAAUUUAAGUGUUAAUCCAGGCAAAGUAUCUAUCACCUGAUAACUUCAGGGUUAGUGAACUCGUUGAUAUGCUGAAAGAGAAGAAAAUUGGUGUUGUGGCGCAUUUCUACAUGGACCCAGAAGUGCAGGGAGUCCUUACUGCUGCACAAAAACUCUGGCCUCACAUCCAUAUAUCUGACUCAUUGGUAAUGGCGGACAGAGCUGUGAAUAUGGCAAAAGCUGGAUGUGAAUAUAUUACUGUUCUUGGCGUGGAUUUUAUGUCUGAGAAUGUCCGCGCAAUUCUGGAUCAAGCUGGUUUUGAGAAGGUAAUAGUUCAAAUCAUUUAUCCUGUCUUUUUUUUUUAAUUUUCUGCUUGUCCUAAAGCUUGCAUAUAAGUACCAAAAAUAUAUUUUGACAUGGAUACAGAAAGUACAAGUCUAUUUUUCACCUGAAAGAAACUUAAUAAUGUAUACCGUUAAAACGCUUCAAUAUGUAUGUAUUAAUUUAGCAAAAGCCAAUUCCUCCUGCAUUUUUUGAAGUAAUUUUCAAGGAAGCUUAUGCUUCAUCCACACGAUUUUUAAUCCAUUAUCACAGGAAGGUGUGCUACUCCUCUUCCUACAAAAUUUUUACAGUUUCCAUGUUUGAUUCAGAGACUGAUGGAAUCACUCAGAUGUCAGAUUUUCAUGUGUCAUUCUUUCCUGGAGAUGCAAGCGUGCCUCUUGGUGCGGGAAGAAUCUCAAAAGUGUCAUUAUAAUUUCAUAUCUAUGAAGCUUCCCAGUAUGUUUUCAGUUUCUUUUAGUUGUUGUGUAAGAGCAAAUAAGAAAGACGGAUGAGUUUUCAUUUGUUGAAAUGAUAUAGGACUGUUGAAUCAAAUAACCAAUGCCUCUAAUUGGCUUUCUAUGCUAUUUUGCUCUUAUUUUCUUAAUUCAAACACUUUAUCGAAAAAUCAAAUCGAUAAUACAUUGAAAAUAUAUAACUCAAAGGAUCGCUAGUGGUGCCGUAUCUGGUGGAUCAUGUGUCCCCCGGUGUACAAAAUCUAUAUUUUAAUACGUCUGUGGUAGGCGUUUGUGACUUAUUUCCCCUUUCAUGUCCUCUCUCUCUCUCUCUCUCUCUCUCUCUCUCUCUCUCUCUCUCUCUCUCUCCAUUAAUAUUACUUUGUUUAGUAUGGUCUUAAAUCACUUUAUUUCACCAUACUUUAUUCCAAAUCAAACUUCCGUUACCAUAAUUCCAACAUAAGUUGAUUCAUAGUCUUAUUUUAUGAUAACAUAUAUCUUUACAAAAUUCUCCCAGUGUCUGAUUAACAAAAUCAGGUUGUCCAUUUUGCUCCGCAAAGGAAUCUAUUCUGAAAGUUUAUUUUCUUCCAGUUGCUAAUAGUGAGAGGUUCAUUGCAGGUCGUCGUGUACAGGAUGUCAAGUGACCAAAUUGGUUGCUCUUUGGCAGAUGCAGCAGCCAGUCAAGCCUAUCUGAAUUUUCUAGAAAAAGCAUCAAGAUCAAAGACCUCCUUGCAUGUAAUCUAUAUAAACACGUCAUUGGAGACAAAAGCCCACAGUCAUGAACUUGUUCCAACGAUUACCUGCACUUCCUCCAAUGUUGUACCAACCAUACUGCAGGUACAGUGCUUGGGAAAUUUCAUUUAGAAUUUACAAGAUUAUCAAAAUUUUGAUAUUAGGGUUCUUUCUGAUUUUACAUAGUACAGCAUUAUGAUUUCUCGUAUGCUCUCACUUAUGUGACGGUUUACUUCAUCAGGCUUUUGCACAGAUACCAGACAUAAAUGUUUGGUAUGGCCCAGAUUCUUACAUGGGUGCUAACAUUGUUGAGCUGUUUCACCAAAUGGCUUGCAUGUCAGAUGAAGAGAUUGCACUGAUACAUCCGAAACAUGAUAGGAAUUCAAUUGGAUCAUUAUUGCCUCGACUACAUUUCUUUCAAGUAAGUUGCAUCUCGAAUUAUAUGAGAAGCGGAGUUGUGGCUUCUUAUCUAAAUGAAGUAAACUUCGAGUUUUACUUUUAUUUUCUAGGAAUCAUGGUUAGAAAUUUAGCUGUCACCUCAUUUUGGAUACAAUUAUGAGUUCUAUCCCUUUUCUACUGCAUUUUGUCUUUGUGAGUUUUCAGCAUUCUUUUCAUUGCAUAAUUAUCUUUCGAUUUAUUAUUUUGUAACAUAAUUAGUGUUCUUCAGAAGAAAAGUUUUUAAACGUGUAAUUUUGUGUCGAUAUGGUGGAUCCAUCAUCUUCCCGAGUUAAUGAAAAUACAUAAACGAAAGUGUGUGCAGCUCCUCAAAUCAUUAUGGCAUACCUGCGCGAUAAAGAAAAAAGGAUUUGCACUAAAAUGGUGGCUAGUGUGAUGAACCAUGAAAUAACAGACCCAUCAAAUUGUCCGAUAAUAACACCAAUACCAGAAACAAUAUCACUCAGAGAGUAAUACAAAAUUUGGACAUUAUUAUCAGUCGGAGAAAAAAAUUAUUAACACUCUUUGAAAGCUAUUUCAUAUAUCACUUAAAAUAGAAAAGAACUUAUGUUUCUCGAUAUAUUCUUGCUACAUCUCACUUAAUAGUACAAGAUUGGAAGGUUGACAUCGAAAUCUAUGUUACAUCGAUUAUCUAUCAUGACCUUUAACAGUGGUAACCCCUUCAGCUAGAGUUCAAUUGUUCUAUUUGUGUUUUAGACAUUUUUUCCUUAUCAAAAUUUGUAGCAUCUGAAUUGUCAACUAUAAACUAAAAAAUUGUCGUUCCUCAACUUCCAACGUUCAUACUCAUUUCCUUUUAAAAUGUUUGUAUUAUCAAAGAUUCAGAGAUGCUUUUGAUGCCGCUAACUUCUCCAAUAUUCUUUUUUCUUGCUUUAUUUAUGUACAAGGAGUGCAAUUUCCAAUCUUACCCAUUGGAUUUUGUUAUUUCUCUUUCUUCUUGGUGUAUGUUUUGAGCUUACCAUUUAGGAGUUUUUGAUUUUGAAUUAUUUUGAUUCGUUUUUAUUUUUUUUAAAAAGCCGUGGAAAUUAUGUUCAAAUUCUCAUUUUAUCACAAUGAUAAACCAAGAUCGCUGGAAUAUUGCCUUAGUGUCUAAUGCUAUCACUUUGCCACAAGGGGACGGAUAAAAGCCACCUUGUCUCGAGAAAGACAGCAUCCUGGCAGGAAUCAGCUCCGGGCAGGAAUCGGCUCUUAGGAAUUCCUAGAACUAUGUUCAUAGAUAUUAGCUUUUAGGCCAGGCUUGGUAAUGUGAUUUUGACAUUGCUGGAUUUUUGGAAAUCAGUUGCGAGCACUUUAAAUUUUGUUUCUUCGUCAUUGUCAUCUGUUAAAUUCCAGCUGAUGCGUGUUAGUAGCACUGAUUCUGCACGUUUGAUCCUCUCAAAUAAUAUUGACGAUCUCUGAAUAAGGUCCCUAUGGUCUUCUUACUCUCUUAGGACCAUACGAAAUGUAUUUUCCAUAUCUCUGAACAGGCGCUGUUAGCCCUCUAUUCAUGUAUCUAAACCACCUCAAGUGGCUUCUACAAACUUAUCCCUCAGUACCUCCAUCGAUCAUGAAAUCAGAUUUUUUUCGUAUUUAAGGAUUUAUUUUCCCGAGUAAAUCACAUUCAUAUUUUCAUAAUUUUCUUUUCAAAUUGAAGCCUUCAAGUGACACUGGUCGUCGGUAUUCAUGAAUUUGUGAAUUGACACAUGUCAAGUCACAACUUCAAUCAUAAAUUUUCACUGGGUCUGCCUAUAAGGCUUGAUCGUCGGUAUUCAUGAUCCGUUGAGUAGUAACAGUAAAACUUUUCUGUAGUUCUUGCAGAACUUUAAUUGUGACUAUCAAAAUUUUCUUUCAUACUCAUUUCGUUCUGAUUUUCGAACUGUAUGAAGCACCGAAACGUACGAAAAAUAUCUGGUUAUAUGAGAACGAAUUGUUCUUGCUUUUUGUGAAGAAUGGAUAAAUGUUUGUCGUGCUGUCGUACUUGGUAUGAUGGGGAAAGUUAUAGUCUUUCCUGUAGGUUUGCUGUGAGAAUGGAACUCUUACUCACUAUUAUGUAUCACGACGAGUAAAAAGCUUGCAUAGCUUCUCCUGGCUCUUGCAUAAGAAUUUUAUCUGGGUCUCCUGGCUCUUGUAUCACGACGAGUAAAAAGCUCUACUUUAGUAACAUAUUAAGGAAGAUCAGAAUGAAAAUUUGAUUUGAAAUUGAACACAUAAAUAACAAACCUUAUCCUAGUAUGAAUUUUCGAUGGUGAGUUGUCCCAAAAGUUUUGCGUAGUUAAUGCCCACCUAUUUUUGUUAGUCAACUCAUUUCUACUUCAUGCUCUACUUCAUGCGUUUGCAAGUUUAUCCCAUCAUCGCUAGUAGAAAAUGUUAGUUCUAUCAUUUAUGAUGAUUCAUUGUCUUUUGCUGAUUUUUAUUUUUUUCUUUCAUUUCUGAGAUGGCUGUCUUCUGUAUUCCAGGAUGGUACCUGCAUUGUACAUCACCUCUUUGGACAGGAAGUUGUACAAAAGAUAAAAGAACUUUACUGUGAUGCAUUCCUGACUGCCCAUUUUGAAGUCCCAGGAGAAAUGUUCUCCUUGGCCAUGGAGGCGAAAGGAAGAGGGAUGGGUGUUGUUGGCUCAACUCAAAAUAUAUUAGAUUUCAUCAAACAGAAAGUGCAAGAGGCAUUGGAUAGAGAUCACGAGGACCACCUUCAGUUUGUAUUAGGAACAGAAUCAGGAAUGAUAACCUCUAUUGUAGCAGCUGUCCGUGAUGUGCUGGGCUCUAAUAUAUCUGCUUCUAGGAAGAUCGAUGUUGAGAUCGUGUUCCCUGUCUCAUCUGAUUCUUUAUCGACAGCUUCAGUCAAUAAAGCCGAAAGACAGGGUUCUUCUGAAUCACAUGAUCUUAGUAAACUUACUGUCGUUCCUGGUGUGUCAACUGGUGAAGGCUGCUCUAUCCAUGGUGGCUGUGCUUCAUGUCCAUACAUGAAGGUUGGCAAAUUUACUGAUUUUCCUGCUUAAGUUCCAGUACAUUUGUUAUAUAUCAUCCAGAUCCUAGUAUGGUUAAGAGCUCUUAUUUCCGACUGGCAGUUGAAGCGGCACCGAUGAUAAUAUAUUAUACUUCCUUCCUUGUGUUCAUAUUCCUUAUUGAAUGUGAUAUUCUACCUUUCAUGGAUGAAAAGGAUUCAGUUCCACCAACAGUAAGAGGCCCGAAAGGCUUUUCAUGAGUGAGCUUGUCUAGCAUUCAAUCUUUUAAUACCAUUUGUAGUUUUACUCGGUUAACAGAUUAACAUAGAUAAAACUGAUUUCAUGUUCAAAUGUCACCUGUCACGUGUGGAUUUCCACUUUUUUCAGCGACCCUGCUUAGCAUUUUUGUUACUGCUCAUAGCAGGAUUGAUUUAACUUGUAUAGGUUAUUUCCUUUAAUGUCGUAUGUACAUCUCCCCUUUACCAAAGUGAGGAUUUAAUUCUAUAGUCUUUCAAGAUUUGGCCCAAGGACACGAUGUCUUGAUAAAUACAGAGGACAAUAAUGAGAAAAUCGAGAAUCCUUGUGGAGAUUGCUUGUGUUCGUUCGUCAUUCCAUUGCUUGCUUUGAUUAUUAUCAGUCCCUCAUCGUUAUGUAUGCUCAUUGAUCGGGCGAAGCCAUGAAGUUUACAAUCACUUUCCUCCCUCAUUCCAUUUUCUUCGUUUUCUUAUUACUCUUUAUCUAUAUAUAUAUAUAUAUUCAUAAGUUCUAUUCAUUAUCUCUCAACAUGAAUUAUGCGCAAAUUCUUAUUUUCAUCCCGAAGAAAAUGUUGCAUUACAUGAAAUUUGUUUUACUUAAUUUGAUUUUAUUGUGCUUUCAGAUGAAUUCCCUCAGCUCGUUGCUAAAAGUUUGUCAUCAACUCCCUGAUGCCAAGGAUCUUCUUUCGGGAUACGAAGCUGAAAGAUUCAGCUCGACCACACCUCAAGGACGAUCUGUUGCUGAUGUUGGGUGUGAGCCAAUCUUGCACAUGAGGCAUUUCCAGGUCAGUCCAUACUUAGCACCUUCUCCCACCCCCAAACGAAUAAUCCAAAUUCCAUCUACAGAUUAUGGUGAUAUAUAUGAAAUUUGACGUGUGCGCCCAUAUGCCGUGCUGCCGUGCGCAUCCGGCAUGCCGCCGUGCACAUGUGCUGUGCCAUGCCUUUCUGAGGCGCACGCUGUGUUGUAAUCAAUGUUUUUAAUAAAAUUUCCUCUUUCUUUCUCCUCUGGAUAAACAUCUUUGUUUGCACCAUAGGAGAUAAUCCCACUCCCUAGAGGGAGUAUUUCUCUACCCAUCUAAAAGAACAGACUAUUUUGGUGGUCUGUAUGUCCCUUUCAUCUGAUAUAUAUUCUGCCUUUGCCUCUUUUAUUUAUUCAGGCAUAUAAAGAACUGCCACAAAAGCUUGUUCAUCAAAUAGUCGAUUGGGAGAGCAACAGCACGGCCAUAUCAUGA